AUGCACUUCACCACAAUUGCGCUCCUCGUUGGAGCGCCAACUUUGUCCUUUGCUCAGGUCGUUGGCAAGGCCUACGGUUUCGCUGCAGGCGUCACUGGCGGCGGGUCCGCCACGCCUGCUGUCCCCAAGGACAUUGCCCAGCUUAAAUCAUGGCUCGGGGAUGAUACUCCCCGCGUGAUUCGCAUUGACAAGACCUUCAACUUCAUCGGCUCCGAGGGAAGCGUCACCGAGAUGGGCUGCCGCAACAAGAACGUCUGCACGUUCCUCAACGGUGGCCAGGACUGGAUCAAGCCUGACUGCGACAGCGAGCAGACCCCUGUUCAGGUCACGUACGACAAGGCUGGCACAGUGGGCAUCAUCGUCGGCAGCAACAAGUCGAUUGUCGGUGUUGGGAAAAGGGCGUCCUGCACGGCAAGGAACCUGAACCCCCAGCACAUUUGGGGUGGCGAUGGCAUCAGCCUUGAGGGUCAGAACAAUGGCGUCUGGAUCGACCACAACAAGUUCACGCGCGUUGGUCGCCAGAUGUUCGUUUCGCACUUCGACGCCAACACGGCCACUCUUUCGAACAACGAGUUCGACGGCAAGACCAGCUACUCCCGUACCUGCAACAACAAGCACUACUGGACCAUCAUGAUGGUCGGCAAGCUCGACAAGAUAACCUUCGACAAGAACUACCUCCACGACGUCUCGGGUCGCGCCCCCAAGAUUGGCUCCGAGUCUGGUACCCAGAUCAUCCAGGCCGUCAACAACUAUUACAACUACAACACCGGCCACGCCUUUGACAUCUCGUUUGCUGGCGCCCGCGUCCUCAUCGAGGGCAACCGCCUUGAAAAUCAGCCGCAGCCCAUGACCCCAGCCAGCAGCACCGGCAAAGUCUACAACGUUCCCGACGACGCGUCGCGCACCAACUGUGCAUCCUACCUCGGCCGCAACUGCGAGGCUAACGCCAUCACCGCCUCGGGCGCUAUCACGGCGCGCAAGGACAACAGUGUGCUGACCGAGCUUGAGUCUGUCACUUCGUCGCACGACUGGCGUGCCACUUGCGAGUUCCGCGAAUGUGUCAUGAUCUUUCUCGUGGAAUUUGAGACACCGCAAGCAGUCAUCGAUGCUCUAGAUGAUUCAACCUACGCUCUGGCAUCUUCAGGAGGGCCAAAACUUGCCAUUCCGGGUGCAAUAUUCAUUGCCUUCCCAUACAUCUCCUCGGCUUUAGCUGGGUCCAGCGGCCCCACGAGCGUCAGCGAUGCGAGCCAGGGUUGCCCCAUUAUCAACUCGAGGUUUCCUUCCGAUGGCGGACUAUCCAAGUCCGGAGUUCGCGCAACAGCAACCAAGAUGGUCGCCAGCGGGUUCGUUACUCUAGACACCCAUGUCUCUCGGGGGAAUGACUCCUCUCUUGCAAGUGUCGAUCCGAAGCUGCCAGGAGACUGA